GUCAAAAAGUGUCCACCUCUAUGGUUGGUGGACGGACGAUGCGAUCGGUCAGUUAUGUGCAGCGAGUGGCGUUGGAGUUCAACGGGAACCUCUUUCCGCACGCUAUCUGCUUAGCAGAUGCUGACAACGACACGCUGAAUGAGCUGGUGGUGGGAGACACCAGUGGGAAACUAUACAUAUAUAAAAAUGACGAAAGCAAGCCUUGGACUGUACGUUCGUGUCAAGGAAUGCUCACCUGUGUUGGUGUUGGCGAUGUGUGCAAUAAAGGACAGAAUUUGGUUGUUGCAGUGAGUGCUGAAGGUUGGUUUCAUCUCUUUGACCUCACGGCAUCCUCCAAGCACCUGGAUUCCUCCAGCCACCAUGAACUCUCAACAGCAGAUGACCAAAAGCUGGGGUUUAAGCAGCACAUUCCUGCCAACACCAAGGUUAUGCUGAUCAAUGACAUUGAUGGAGAUGGGAAGAGCGAGCUGGUGGUGGGUUACACAGACCGUGUGGUGCGAGCCUUUCGCUGGGAGGACUCAUCUGAAAGUUCAGAAAAUAUCUCCGGGCAGUUGGUGUUGCUCAAGAAAUGGCUCCUGGAGGGGCAGGUGGACAGCCUGUCUGUGAAUCCAGGCUCUGGUUCUGCUCCUGAGAUGAUGGUGUCUCAGCCUGGAUGUGGUUAUGCAAUCCUACUGUGUACCUGGAAACCAGAGCAGGAGCCUCUGGCAGAGGGGACGGAGAGCUCUGCAACUGGCAGGGAAGCCCCAGUUCGAGAUGUCAUUCUCCACCAGACAUCUGGUAGAAUUCACAACAAGAAUGUUUCCACUCACCUCAUUGGCAGCAUUGGUAGAGGGUGUAUUAAGGAGCACAAGAGCUCAGGUCUGUUUGCACUCUGCACUUUGGAUGGAACCCUGAAGCUCAUGGAGGGGGCUGACAAGCUCCUGUGGUCAGUGCAGGUUGACCACCAACUUUUUGCUUUAGAAAAACUGGAUAUGACUGGAAAUGGCCAUGAGGAGGUGAUUGCUUGUGCUUGGGAUGGCCAGACUUACAUCAUAGACCACAAUCGGACAGUGGCCAGGUUCCAAGUAGAUGAAAAUGUGAGCGCCUUCUGUGCAGGUCUCUAUGCCUGCAAAGGAGGCCGCAACAGCCCAUGUCUGGUAUACGUCAGUUUCAACCAGAAGAUCUACAUCUAUUGGAAUGUACAGUUGGAGAGAAUGGAAUCCACUAAUCUGCUAAAGAUACUAGAGAACAACUCUGAGUACAGCGAUCUUCUGCAGCAGUUGGGUGUGGCCGAAGAUAAUGUUUGUGCUGUCAAAGAUCUGAUUCACAAGACCCUGUAUUUUCCAGAGGAGCAGCCAAAUAGUCCUUCUCAAUACAGGCUUCCAGCCAGAUCAGACUCCAACUGCCAUCCUGUUUCCCAAGAGGCCUAAUGAGCAGACACACACACAACUACCAGGCUCUCGAUGCUUGUCCUUAUUGCAUCAAAUUCAAUCUGCUCCUUCCUUUUGUCCUAGCAUAUGUUUUAGGCAGUCAGAGGACAAAUCAAGCUGCACAGCAUAUCAAGCCACUGAAGCUCACAUUAAAGGGAUGGAGCAGCAGUACCGUUGAUUCUGAAGUGGUGGCAAAUUACUGGUGACAAGGCAAAGUAAUGGGAAAUGUCUUUUCUUGUAGUUCUCAUUACUUGUGUUAAUAUCUCAUUGAUCACUGUAUCUUUUGUCCCAAACUCCAACUUGUGGUAAAUGAAAAGUAGAAUGAUUAAAAGCAGCUAUGUGAAUGCCAGAAACUCUAAUUCAAUGCAAAGAACUGUUCAUCCAAAAUGGGAUAGAUCAGCAGACUCCAUAGGUGAUAAUAAAUAAGGUCUUUUAGGUUUUUAAACCAGAAUUUACACUUCAUUGUGUGCCAUUAAAGAACUUAGAAUUUGUAACCAGAAUUAAAUAUACAAAAUAUUAAUAAAGCAAAGAGAUAAGUUUUGGAGUGGGGUAUCAAACUUCAUAUUAUCCCAUUAAAUGUUCAGUAACCAGACACUUGUAAAAACAAGAUGGGAAUCCCCGUGCUUUGUGAAACAUCUCCUGAAUUAACCAAAUUUCUCUUCCUCUUGCCUAUUCACUGUCUCUCUACUCAUCAUGAUCCAGGUUUUCCAUUUGUCUUCUCUUUCACUGAGUUUUCUACAUCCAUAUAUCCUACUUUAGCUGUGGUUUCAGUUCAGGCAAGAAAGUGAUGAACUCCAGAACAGUGGACUGCUGGCCUAGAGUGUCUCCUAGUAUUUUCAUACACAUGGGGGAAAGUGCUAGUGUCAUUUGUGAAUCUGAAUUGAAUGUGAAUAUUUUUCUCCUCCGGUUCAGUACUGGAAAAUGUUACACAACUUUCUUCAUAAUCAAGAGACAUCUAGAUCAGUGUUUCUCAACAUUUUUGGAGUCAUGGACCGGUACAUUAUUUGUGCGCAGUUUCCCAGACCAGCAGUUAGUAAGGGGGUCACCCCCCUUGCCCCCCCCAGCACCCCCCAAAAACCUAUUUCGGGCAGCUCUCCGGAGCUCAUUUCCAGGCAGCCCUCGCUGCUGGAUAAUUUUCAUUUCAAGGAAGUGAAAUAAGCUCAAGAGAGUCCCCACCGGCCCAAAAUUGUUUUGGGCGGAGGGAUGAUUUUUAUUAGGGAUGCCUUACGAACCGGUACCCAAAACUUUGCGGACCAGCACCGGUCCCCAGCCCGGUUAAGAAACACUGAUCUAGAUCUUAUCACACUUAGCUUUGGAAACUGAUGAAAUGUGAAUGCCUAGAACUAAUACAAAAAUAAUGGGGCUGUUUCUAGGACAGGAAACAUUAUAACAGUAGUGUUAAUCACCGAUACAUCCCCUACGUUCAUCAUGAGAGACUUUGCUGUCUACUUGUGGCUCUGUGGAAGUAACUAGGAUAGUGAUGAGGAGCAGGACCUUUUCAGUAGUAGUCUCUGUGCUGUAGAACUCCUUCCCUAGAGAUGCUUACCAGGCCAAAUCCCUUAUGACUUUCAAAAGGCUUGAAGAGGCCUUCCUUGUUAUGUUCAUGUAGUGAUAUUUUAGUAUUACAAAUUUCUUAGUGUUGUGAUUUUAUGUUGAUUUUAGCUGUAUUUCCUUUCCUGGGUUAUUGUACAUACCAUCUGUGACAUAUUAUGUAAUAAAUAAAUGGAUGAUGAAAUUGUAACCUUC